AUGCUCAAACCAUGGCCCCCCUUUGGGGAAGGGGUCGUAGUGACUAACGUCCUGAUUGCCGGCGAUUUAUCCCGCAUCGUGGAAAAUAUUGCCUGGGGAAUCACAGAGCGAAUUCGCACCGGGCGAAACAGUACCCUUACGAACGGGGUGGCAGACCACCCCGAGACAUAUAUCCAUGUGAACUGGCCGUCGUCAAAUAAUGCGCCUCUCGCUAGUAUCGAGGCUUUGGCGAUCAAACUGUGUCUUGCGGGGUGA